CAAGUCUGUACUGGGCACCUGUGUGUGCACCUUGGGGAAUGUGUGUGUGGCGGUGGUGAGUUUAGAGGGUGUGCUUUGCUGGAUGUGUGUGGGAUCACACAGCAUGGGGGGUGUGUACAUGAGCAUAUGAGUGUAAGUGUGAGCACCCUGGAUGCUGCAGGUGUAAUUCAGUGCUGCUGCGACCCCCUGACCUGCAGGCUUCAUAGCGGGUGCCCAAGAUGAUGUCCUACAGAGAAAGGCUGGGGAGUCCAGCUGUCUCCCCACUCCCAGUCCACAGGCGACACAUGAUACCAGGGGCUGCCUUUGCCUACGUGCCCAGUCCGCCGGUCCUGCACAGGGUCCCAGGAACCUCUGCCUACGCCUUCCCCAGACUGGGCCCUGUGGCCCUCAGUGAGCACAGCUGUUCCUGUGGGGAGGUCCUGGAGCUCCAUGACCCACUGCCUGCCAAGCUGGGCCUGGAGGAGGAGCAGAAGCCAGAUCCCAGGCUAGUCUCAAAGCUGUGCCAUGCUGGCAUCACGCUGCUCAAGGUGCCAUUGAUGCUCGCCUUCCUCUAUCUCUUUGUCUGCUCCCUGGAUGUGCUCAGCUCAGCCUUCCAGCUGGCUGGAGGGAAGGUGGCUGGUGACAUCUUCAAGGACAACGCCAUCCUGUCCAACCCAGUGGCUGGGCUGGUGGUGGGAAUCCUGGUGACAGUGCUAGUGCAGAGCUCUAGCACCUCUACAUCCAUCAUUGUCAGCAUGGUCUCUUCUGGCUUGCUGGAGGUGAGCUCUGCCAUCCCCAUCAUCAUGGGCUCCAACAUUGGCACCUCUGUCACCAACACCAUCGUGGCCCUGAUGCAGGCAGGGGAUAGGACUGACUUCCGGCGGGCCUUCGCGGGAGCUACUGUGCAUGACUGCUUUAACUGGCUGUCUGUUCUGGUCCUGCUGCCCCUGGAGGCUACUACAGGCUACCUGUACCAUGUCACUGGAUUCGUGGUGGCCUCCUUCAACAUCCGAGGUGGGCGUGAUGCCCCUGACUUGCUCAAAAUCAUCACGGAGCCCUUCACAAAGCUCAUCAUUCAGCUGGACAAGUCUGUGAUCACCAGUAUUGCCACUGGGGAUGAGUCCCUGAGGAACCACAGUCUUAUCCGGAUCUGGUGCCACCCAGACCCCAUGGAGCAAAAUAUGGAAGAGAGAGAAAUUAUACACCUGAUCUUCACAAAAACAAGCCACGGGAUAAGAGCUCCGUUCUUCCUUUCCUCUGAGGUCCCCGCUGUCCACCUGCUGCAGCCUCAGGCAGACUUCCCUGCCCCCUUCACUUGGGUCACGGGCUACUUUGCCAUGGUGGUGGGUGCUGGCAUGACCUUCGUUGUCCAGAGCAGUUCUGUGUUCACCUCAGCCAUCACUCCACUCAUUGGACUGGGCGUGAUCAGCAUCGAGCGGGCCUACCCCCUCACACUGGGCUCCAACAUUGGCACCACCACCACUGCCAUCUUGGCAGCACUGGCCAGCCCCAGGGAGAAGCUCUCCAGCUCAUUCCAGAUUGCCCUCUGCCAUUUCUUCUUCAACAUCUCGGGUAUCCUUCUGUGGUACCCAGUACCCUGCACGCGCCUGCCCAUCCGCAUGGCCAAGGCGCUGGGCAAACGCACUGCCAAGUACCGCUGGUUUGCUGUCCUCUACCUCCUCGUGUGCUUCCUGCUACUGCCCUCACUGGUGUUUGGCAUUUCCAUGGCUGGCUGGCAGGCCAUGGUAGGUGUGGGCGCACCCUUUGGAGCCCUGCUGGCCUUUGUGGUGCUCGUCAGCAUCCUGCAGAAUCGGAGUCCUGGGCACUUGCCCAAGUGGUUGCAGACAUGGGACUUCCUGCCUCACUGGAUGCACUCCCUGAAGCCCCUGGACCGCCUCAUCACCCGUGCCACCUUGUGCUAUGCCAGACCUGAGCCCCGCUCACCCUCGCUGCCCACCAGGGUCUUCCUGGAGGAGCUGCCCCCUGCCACCCCCUCCCCCCGCCUUGCACUGCCUGCUCACCAUAGUGCCACUCGCCUCUAG